GAGAAUCGUGGGUGCGAUUGCUAGAGACAGAUAUCAGUGCCACACAUGACUCCCAGCCAGGGAUAUAAAGGAAUAAGGAAAUUUCAUUCUACCGAACUACCUGCAAGUGCUGAAACAGAUUCUGAGAAGUUACUCUGGAAAUGGCAGAAACGGUCCAAAAAAAGAGUACAGGAUUAAAAUUCGCGGAGGAGCAGCUUAAGCGACACGGAUGGGAAAAAGGUAAAGGUCUGGGCAAAUCAGAGAACGGCAUCUCAGAGGCGAUUAAAGUUCAAAUUAAAUGUGGUAAAAGAGGGAUAGGCCAUAAGGAAGGUGAGCAGUUCAGUUUCCACUGGUGGGAUCAUGUUUUUAACAAAGCCUCAUCCAGUCUGGUUGUCGAAACAUCGCAGAGCGGUUUGAUGGUGAAGUCAGAUGACAGCAGUGAUGGAUUAAUCUCUAUCAAGAAGCCACGCAAGACUCUGAAAGCCGAGUACAUGAAGUAUGGAAGUUUUGUCAAGUCAGCUACGCUGCUGUCAGGUGAGGAGCUGCCUGAAAAGACCUCUGUUUCAGAUGACACUUCUGAAGAUGAGGACCAGAAACUGGACCUUUCCAGCACUACCAAGCUGUCUGACGCAGAUCUGCUAAAAGUUUGUGGAGGACGAACAGCACACAAAGGAGCCAGACAUGGACUCACAAUGAGCGCCAAACUGGCUCGGCUUGAGCAGCAGGAGCAAGAGUUUAUGAACAAAUAUGGUAAGAAGAACAACACUGCUGAAACAUCCAAAAGCAGCACAGAUUCUCUAAACGCUGCGGGAAAUCCAGAUAUUAAAGAGAAAACAAAACGCAAAAAAUCAAAAAUCCAGGUGGGACCCUCUGAGAAUAACACCCAUGAAGAUAAGAUGACAACACAGGUUCUUUCAAGUAAUGACAUUGAGGAUGGCAAACCCAAAAAGAGGAAAGACUCUAAUGAUGUGUCUGUGAACGAUGAUGAUAUCACAGAUAUUGAGCCAAAGAAGAAGAAAAAGAAAAAUCGCAAAGAAAAAGUACUUGAGAAUGGUCUUAAUGGAGAAUACAGCAUAGACGUGAAUGAAUCAGAGGAAAGAGACACACACUUGCAGAUGAAUGACAGCAUUCCCAAGAAGAAAAAGAAACUGUCCAAGGCGGUUGCCGAGACUGCCUGUACAGAUGAGAUCAGCGAGGAUUCCACCGACGCGCACAGCAAACAACCACAGGAGGGCAGUAUUGAGUAUCAACAAACCUCUGACAAUUCCUCUAAGAAGAAAAAGAAGAAAAAGAAAUCCGCAAUGGACCUCUCUGAAACAUCUCCAUCCACAGAUGUGGAGAACUCAACUAGUGUGAUGACAGAGGACACUAGCAACAAAGCGCAGGUAAUGGGCACACAAACAGAAGGACAGGAGAACAACAGGAAGAAGAACAAGAAAAAGAAACAAAGCAAAAAGGAGGAGCGGGAGGUGGUAAUGAAUGUCCAGUUUGAGGAGUCCAUGCCAAAGAAAAAAAAGAGCAAAGAGUGAACGCACAUGGUACCAAACUCACUACAAACACUAUGGUGGUAGUUGAUGAUCAGAAUCCGGGCUGCUGAAACACAAGGAUCGAUUCUCGAAUUGUUGUUAACUAUCAGACUAUUAGUUGAGAGACAUGACAAAACGCAAAUGAAUUUGUUACACUCAUAUUUAUUUUUACAAAUCAUGGGCAAACUUUUAAGCUUGAGACCAACAGGUGACAUGAAAUACAUUUUUUUUAUUGGUCUGAUUUGUAAUACAUUUGUGUAAUGCAUAUUACAUUGCAUUAUUCACAGUGACAAAAAUGUGAUUAUAUAUAUGAACGGUUUUAAAAAAUAGCAUGGCAUGAUCUGUGUGGAUUCUCUCACUAAAGCUUUUUUGACUGACAUGAAGGGUGCAGUAAGAUGUCAUGUCUUGAUUUAAUCCAGCUCUGAGACAUCUGAAAUAUGUCAGUCUGUGUCAGUACCUUGAAACGUCGCUAACAAAUCAAACUGAACUGGAAAAUAAAAUGAUGAUUUCUGA